GAUAACCAGACAGCCAGAUAUCUCUCAGCACAGGACGGGGGAGACGUGUCGGUUAAUGUUUGACCAAACUGUCAGCUGACUCUCAGAGGUUCUGUAUAAAACGGGGGGAUUUCUGACAAACUGCCUGCAGCAAAGAGGACAUUAAAGGUUCUAAAGAUGCAGAGUAUCUUUGCAAUCUGUGCAGUCGUAGCGCUGCUGCUGGCUGCAGUCUGGGCGGACCACCACGAGCACCAUGAUCACAACCAGCACCACCACCACGAUCACAGUUCUGACCACAGCCAUGACGGCAUGAUGAGCUGCCACAAGCUGUCCCCUCCGAACGCUGACUUUGCCUUUGCCCUCUACAAAAAUCUAAAUGCCAAGCCUGAGGCUGGAAAGAACAUCUUUUACUCACCACUGGGCAUCUCCACCGCCCUGUCCAUGCUGUCUACAGGGGCUGGUGGUGACACCCACAGCCAGCUGUUCUCCACUUUGGGCUAUGGCACCUUAAACCAGAGUCAGGUCAAUGAAGCCUUCCAGCAUCUUUUCCACAUGCUUGACCACAGCCAGGAGAACCAGAAGCUGGAUGUUGGUAAUGCUGUCGCAGUGCGUACUGGUUUCGAGCCUCAGCAGCAGUACCUGGACGACAUCAAGCAGUACUACUCCGGGGACAUCUUCAGAGUUGACUUUACAAAACCUGAAGAAGCUGCAGCCUUCAUCAACAGAAACAUUGCAGGAAAAACUCAGGACAAGAUAAAAGACAUUGUGAAGGACUUGGACCCUGCAAUGGCCAUGGUGCUGAUCAACUACGUCUACUUCAGAGGACAGUGGGAGAAACCCUUCGACGGUAACCGCACACACAAGGCAGACUUCCAUGUGGACGAGAACACCAAAGUCGAGGUGGACAUGAUGAAGAGGACGGGACGCUACGACUUCUACCAGGAUGCUGACAACCACACUACCGUCAUCCUGCUGCCGUACAAAGGAAACACCUCCAUGAUGAUCGUUCUGCCCGAUGAAGGCAAGAUGAAGGAGGUGGAGGGACACAUCAGCAGGGAACGCAUCCAUCACUGGCACGACUCGCUCUUCAGGAAUAGUGUGGAUCUUCACAUGCCGAAAUUUUCCAUCUCUGCUGAUGCCUCCCUGGAUAGCACACUUAAACAAAUGGGAAUAACAGACGCAUUUGGAGACGACGCUGAUUUUUCUGGCAUAUCUGAAGAGGUCAAGCUAAAGGUGUCAAAGGUGUCCCAUCAGGCUGUGCUCAGUGUGGAUGAAACGGGAACCGAAGCUGCAGCUGCCACCACUAUCGAGAUCAUGCCCAUGAGCAUGCCUGAAACCAUGAAACUCAACAGGCCCUUCAUGCUCUUCAUCCUGGAGCACUCGACCAGGAGCAUCCUCUUCAUGGGCAAAAUCAACAACCCCGCAGCCGUGUAGAGACGCCCAGAGAACUCGUGUUACGUUUACGCUCUGCAGUAGGUCUUUGUAGCUUCAGGACAAAGGUGACGUUAGGACCACCGGGGGAAUGAUGAACAAGACAACAGAUAUAUCAUCAAGUGACAGCAUCUCGGUUUACACAUGUCUAAAUACAUCAUUCUAGAUUGUAUCUGACUGACUGUUUUAUAUGAUGCAGUUAAUGAAGAAACAUGAACAUUAGAAAGACAACCUGUUAUUGUACUGUUUCUGUUUCAACGUGGUUCAACAUGAAGUGAAAUAAAGACUUGUCUUGAACUGGUA